GCGUGCUGGCCUCGUCGACGCUUCCCGGAGCAGACGCGAUAAGCGAGGCGGACAAGCAGCGCGCCGUGAAAGCGGGCCUCGCGUUCGUCAAGGCCGUCCUCGCCAUGCUCUUCCCGCCGCCCACGCCUGCCGCCAAGUUUUACAGCGCGGGCUUUUCGGAUACCAACGUGGCAGGGACGUUCAGCAUUGCUGUCCCCUCCAAAUCCUUGACCAAGCCCACGCAGUUCCGCCUGACCACCGCAGGCUUGUCCAAUCCGCCGAUGGAAGUGACUCUGAACGCGAGAACUCCCGUCGUGCUGGGCGCGCUCGGAAAGAACAUGCAGUGCUCGCAAGUCGCGCCGAGCGUGUGGGACUGCUUCGGCCAGACCAAAAUGACCCAGGCCGAUAUUAACAACAUCGGAUUCACAGCUGGCAUGGGGGUUCGCGUUGACUCGUAUGACUUGAGUCUCACCUAUCCCGAUGCGCGCAACCAGGCACUCGAUGCCACCUCGAAGCUCGCAAAGGCGCCAUCGACUUUGAAAAUGGCGCAAGUCUUUGGUAACAACGAUUUGCUGCUAGGGGUUCCUGCCGGAAGGUUCCAGGCAAUGAUCACCGGGGACGACAUCAAAGGAGGCGCAAUGUUUGCCGUCUCCAAUGUGAACCGCAAGUGCACCAUCGGCUACAGCAUCGUGCUCAUCUCCUCACAAGCCCUCACGCCAGAAGCAACGCUCUCCGUCGUCGAUUCCACCACCCAAGAAUCAAUCAUUAUUCCUAUUAGCUGCAAGUGGGCCCAGCCCAGGCCCGGUGUGAACGUGUGCGAGGCCAAGGGCGAUUUCCCCACCACCAUCGACACCACCUUCUCAACGACCCCACUUACCCCUGCGGCCGCGGCUCGGAGUGCGGCUGCCAGCAUGAGCGCAGCAGCCCUGCCAGGGUCGGCGGUGGACCUGGAGUUCAAGGUGACGGUGGCCUCGGGCAUGCUGCCAGAGUCCGAUGGCGCGCUACGCUACUCACUGUGA